ACGAAGCGGUCGAUCGAUCGAUCGAGCAACCCAAUCCACAGGAGUGACAGUGAGGAGAGAGGAAACAAGCUCGCAGCGGAUCGAGCCAGCAGAGCAGCAGCCGACGGCGAUGGAGGCGGCCAAGGAGCGGCGGGAGCGCCGGGCCGCCGACGAGGGCGACGCGGUGCAGCUGCCGACGGAGACGAGCCCGUACGUGCGGUACGAGGGCCUGGAGGACUACAAGAUGCGCGGCUACGGCGCGCAGGGCCACCUCCCGGUCUCCGACGUGCCCCACGGCGGCUCCGGCACCGACGCGCCCACCGUCCCGGGCACCGCCGUCCCCGUGGCGAGGCCGAAGGGCCGCGACGACGUCGAGCCGCUGCCGCAGCGAGAACUGGGGACAGCAGGGAAGGACGACGCCGGGCGCCGCGGGGAUGCGUCCGCGGACGUCAUCAACCGCCACGGCGUGCCGUAGGCGUAGCUUAGCUUGGCUGGAUGUCUCUGGUGCGCGCGCGGUUUGGCUGAUGCACGCCGCGCGCGGAUGAGCGUGCCAGGGUCUCUGUGUCACUACGUGUUUUCAGUGUACAAGAAUAAACCGGUCUGCGGCUAAAAUAAUGCAAAACGUUUACUGAACUUCUGACAGAAUUAUCAGAACUAAUGCUAUUUAUUC